AUGUUGGUGUAUCCGCCCUCGGGUGCCGGUGCUAUCAACAUCAACAAGAGCGAUUUCAAGCGGUUGAAUGACCUAUGUUACCUCAAUGAUACGCUCAUUGAAUUCGGGCUGAAACUCUGGCUGGCUGACCUACGAGAAAACGAACCGGAGCUUGCUGAGGAGGUCCAUGUGUUCAGUUCGUUCUUUUACAAGAAGUUGAAUGUGCGCGAGUGA